AUGGCGUUCCUUCUCAAGUGCUUCGGAGGCUGUGGUUCAACUUCUAUGCAGCAACCUUCAACUUCCGCAACAAUAGAAGAUCUAUGCCAUCGUUUUUCUCUUGCCCAACUUCGAAAAUCCACCAACCACUUUGACAGCCGCCUGAUAACCCAUACAGACGACUUUUAUCGGGCGUACAAGGGUUGCAUCUCCAUCAAUGGCGAACUGAAAGAUGUUGUAGUGGAGCGGCUCAAAGGAGACUUCGUGGACUCAGACUUGCAAUUGGUUAAGAACAAUAUCAUAUAUAGGUGCCAGCUCCACCACCCGAAUGUGGUGUCUCUGGUUGGAUUUUGCGAUGAUGAAAAUGAAAUGAUCGUGGUUUAUGACUACCCCCCAAACGGAUCACUCCGUGAUCAACUGAAUAGCAAGCCGCCAACAAUCUCGUGGAAGAAAAGGCUAGAAAUCAGUAUAGGGGUGGCGCGUGGUUUACACUAUCUUCACUCCGGAACCAAACGCACCCUCAUUCAUCGCGAUAUAAAACCGACUGCCAUUCUUUUGGACGAGAAUUGGGUUCCCAAAAUCACAUUUUGCAGCUUCUCUUUAAAAGGACCAAAGUUUUCAGAAAAGGAUGUGAGGCCUAUAGAGUUUUGUUAG